GUCGCAGGCAGCUUCCAAGCAUUGUGCGACAAAGCAGGCAACUCGCCGUGCUGCACGAAGCCGCUUCUGAGAACCGUGUGUUGGAGGAAGCCCUGGCAGCGGCCAAUCAGAAACUGAUGGCUCUUGGCGAGGUGGAAGCUGACAUCCAGGCAGUGUUGGCGGCCUUGGCAGCGUUGUAUUGCACUUAUGUUUGUUGUCCUUUCUGCGCUAGGUGGUCCCCGCCCGAAAUCUGGCUGCAGGUAUACGAUGCUUCGAUCGCUGCUUUGCCUGACCACAUUCAGCUUUUGAAAUCUGGAUAUUCCUUCAUUCUAGCAACUCGAGCAUGGCCCGCGGCCAUCGUCCUAGAGGCACGAGUCUUUGGCGGUGCGAGUUUGCAAGAUUUGCAAGACUACCAGCGUGUCACCAAUCUUUCAAAGAAAGCCCGGAGGAGGCUUGUUAUCGGCUCAGCCUUGCGGCGGUACCGUGAUGGCUAUCCAGCGUUGCGUGCCAGCAGCCUGAAGGAGAUCAAGGCCAAACGGGCCUGGGCCUUUUUGCUUUUUCAAACCAUGUUCUGCCAAGCUGCCGUCAAAAGGGAUGGAAG